UGAUUUAAAAUUGGUAUCCAAUAGCUCAUUGUUAUGAUGCAGUCACUGGUUCGCUUCACGGCAUGGCAAGUUUGAAAAUGAUUUCGGCUCGUAUGAUCGUCAUUAUGUUGACCACAACAGGGCUGGUCAUUACCGAGACUCUUCAGAGCAACCCUUGCGAUGGCGUAGUCAAGCCGGUGGCACCUCCCUGUCACACAUGUGACAGAUGUGACCACGGUCAUUGGGUGUGUGACCCGAUCGAAUGUCAAGAUGACCAGUGCGUUGACGGCUACUUCACAGAGACCAAUAAGUGCUGCCUGACCUGUCCAAACGGCGAGAACUGCAAAUUCAUUGACGUCAUCAUUCCCAAAAAUAAAACUAUUUCCGUGGGCGGCGGCAUAUGCGCCUGCGUCGAAAGUGAGGACGGGACAGGAGCCUUGGUAGCCAAGUGCAUGUGACGGAGCAACAGCGAGAUGGUGCUCUGAUGCAAUCUGCGAGCAAAUGAAAUACAUUAAAUGUAGAUGUCUUUACCUAA